AUAGCCAGGGAAAUGGGCUGUGUUUUUAUCUUCCAGGUUGCCCCGCAGUGCCGGGUGAAUGCGGUGGGUUUUGGUCUUCGCGUCAUAAAUAGCCAGGAAUGGGUCUUACCUAGGGUCCCUGGGAUGCGGGGGCAUUUGGCAGGAUUUUACCAGCAGUUGGUCUCAGUGGGGCGGAGAUUUUACCCAGACUUGGCUUGACCGAAAGUCAAAGUCCCUGCUAUUCCCCGGACCCGGGGGGCUGUGCUUACAAUUGACUGGUGCAUUACUGUCUGUUGAUAAAAAUGUGUGACAUUUCAAAUAGAGAGCCCCACCUGUAUGUGUGCGGAAACAAUAGCUGUGGCCAAUUGUCGGGACUGACAAAAGAUGUUGAUGUCAAUGAGGAUGAUUCUACAAUGCCUCUUGGACUCACUUGUCUCACAUCUGUAGCAGUUAACAUUUUCCCGGCACCCCUCGUGUUUACAUGGUCACAGGUUGUUGGUGUCAAAGACAAUGGAUCCCUUUGUUUCUAUGGUUACAAUAGCUGCAAGAUGGCUGCCAAUAUUGAAGCCAAGGUCAAGGACAAUGUGACCAGCAUAGUAGAGUGUGGAAACUGUGUCCUUGUACAGUCAAAGGGAGGGAUUGUGCUGAUGACAGAUGAUGGAAAAUACACUGAAAUUGAAAACCCUGAUGAUGUAACAAUUUUUGGUGCUACAUCUAAUGCAUUCUAUGGUGUGAAAGAUGGUGAGUGUUACAAAGCCAGUUUAAAUAAAGCUGUGGAAGAACCCAGCCUUACAUUCUCCAGCAUAAACCCCGGCCCUACCCCGGGGCUUUCAACACCCAGGCUUACAGUGUUGUCCUUGGCCUGUGGGGUGGAGCACACCCUGUUUCUAACUGAUGGUGGAAGGUUGUUUUCCUCUGGAACUUCAAGUCGGGGUCAGCUAGGGCAUGGGUGUGUCACCGUUGACCUAGUUAGUGUUCCCAUGGAGAUUUCAACACUAGAGGGUAUCCAAGUGGUUGCUAUAGCAACAGGAAGUUGGCACUCUGCAGCAGCAACAGCUGAAGGUGAUAUCUACAUGUGGGGAUGGAAUGAGAGUGGGCAGUUGGGGUUGCCAACUUCGCCAAACCCAGACAGGCCAGUCAAUGAUGAAUGUUUAUACCAAGAUGUUGGACAUGUACAAAUCCAGCCUGAGCCAUUUGGCCUUGACCUUCCAGAUGACUACCAUGUUACCAUGGUAACGUGUGGAUCACGGCACUCCUGUCUACUCACAGCUGCAGGGGAAGUCUUUGUGACAGGAUGGAAUAAAUGUGGCCAACUGGGUCUCGGCGACACCAAAUCCAGGGACUGUUUCACACAUGUUUAUGUGGAAAAUAUCACCAAGGGCCGUGUCAAAAGUAUCCAUGCACAGGGUUGGAAUACAUCAAUUGCGGUUGAAACUUGAAGACACACCCUGUUUAUCCACAAACAUGAGUAACCUGAGGGGUUAUGUCACAAGUGUCAAAAAACAUGAGAGCAAUACAAGAAUAAUAGUUGAGUGAGCUGCAUAUGCAGAGCCAAAUUCAACAGUACCACCUGACAGCCCGACUCGCAGGAGCAAUAACCUUCAAGAUUAAUCAAUAGAAAAGUUAUGCUGUGUCUGAGUGGGAAAUAUAGCCAGGGGUUGUGUCAAAGUGUCCGUUUGGAUAUAUCAAGUGUCCAUAUAGAAAAUGUAACCAGGGGUUGUUUCAAAGUGACUGCGUUGGUUCAUUAGGUGUCCAUGUCGAAAAAGUUACCGGGGAAGUGUCCGUGUGGAUUCAUAGUUUCCAUAUAGGAAAUGUAACCAGGGGUUGUGUCAAAGUGUCCGUUUGGAUUCAGUGUCCAUAUGAAAAAUGUAACCAGGGGUUGUGUCAAAGUGUUCAUGUGGAAAAUGUAGCCAGGGGCUGUGUCAAAGUGUCUGCGUUGUUUCAUAGUGGCUAUGUGGAAAAUGUAACCAGGAAUUAAGUCAUAACGAUUUUUUGUUUAGAGAUAAUAACAGCAAUCAGAAACAUACAAAAUCUAUAGACUGUUUCACAUACACAUUUGUUUUGGAAAGUAUGUCACAAGGAGUCAUGUCCAGUUCAGUUAAAUUCUAUGGAGAACACUUGUUUUGAUUUAAAUAUUGGAAUGUUUCGCACAAUAAAUAACCAACCGGUAGUUUUCUGAUUGUCUCCAUUAAUUUAUUGUUAAAUAUAACUGAAUAAAAUUUCUGAAAAAUAGAUGUCAUCAUGCUAAAUACAAAAAAAUGUUAUCAUGUGAAUUUUGGAAUUCAAAUUGAUUAUGAUAAGACUUUCCAAAGCAGCUAUAACUAUAAAUUUGAGUUUUGGCCAAACUCUAGACUAAUGAUUGUGAAAUUAACCAACUUGGUAAUCUUUCUGUUCAGGGAUGAAAACUUGUGGUCAGGGGAAAUAUAUUACACAAUAUUUGCAAUAAAAAAUCUUUUAUUUGGAUAAAGAACUUUGGAGAUACAUUUUGGUAUAAUUGCCAUAUUUACUGAACAGCAAGUUUAUACAUCUAUAAUGAUAUAACAAAAAAAGAUAAAUAAGUCUUUAACAAUGAUGAAAUCAUUCGCACAUCAAUCAA